GAUAACGAAGCUUCUUCAGACACUCGUCUCUGGCGAUUGAGUUUCUUUAAUUGUAUCAUGCGGAUUUUCUAGAAUAUCAGAUAUGGUUAAGGGAAAAUUUCAGACAUACUUUCCGUUUGAAAAGGAUUCUAUGACAUAUAGCUGCCUUCAUUGUCGCGCUCAUCUCGCUCGUCAUGAUGAUCUUAUUAGUAAAUCUUUCCAGGGAAGUCAAGGUCGUGCUUAUUUAUUUAAUCAGGCUGUAAAUGUUCGUUGUGCUGAAGCUAAACAACGCGUCUUAUUAACUGGAUUACAUUUUGUAGCUGAUAUAUUUUGUGCAUGUUGUGAUACAGCACUUGGUUGGAAGUAUGAACGUGCUUUUGAACCAAGUCAACGAUAUAAAGAAGGCAAAGUAAUCAUUGAGCUAGUACAUUUAUAUAAAGAUAAUAGUUGGGAUGCUGAAUGGUUGUAUCCCUUGUAUCCAGCUACGACUACUACAACUACUAGUACUGCUGUUUAUACUAAUAAUUCAAAUAAAACAAAAGUCACAUCUGUAAAUUGUAAAAAGUCACAUUCAGUCACUAUAAGUGAUUAUCAUAAUUAUGAAAGUGGAAAAUUUCAAUCAUCAUCUCUACGCUCUUCACAGAUUCCUGUAUGUAAAUCUUUAUCAUCAACUGCUGACGGUGGUAUAUUCGAGUCGUCGACAACAGAUUUAAUUGAUGUAAAUGAUGAUUCAUACACAAAUUUUGCUCAUCACCAGCAACAACAUCAACACCAACAUCAUCAUCAUCAUUCUCAUUCUCAUCAUCCUACAUCACAUAAUCAUCAUCACCAUCAUCAUAAGCAUCAUUAUCACUCGAAUUCUUCAUCUAUCUCUUCUUCUACCUCCACGUCAACUUCAUCAUCUUCUGUUCACACACAACAAUCAUCAUAUACAUCUUUAAUGCCUAACGAUUCAUUAUCAUAUCGGUUAAGUUCAUCGUUGAAUGCAACUGGUUGGGCGUUUCGUAUACCACCUACAGCGACAUCAUCAUCAAAUAAAGGCAGUCAUAGUUAUUGUAAUAAUAGUGCUAGUAGUAACAGAAAUACAUGCCUAUUAGAUUUAUCUGAUUCAGGACGUGUUAGUGAUUAUCAUCGGAAUUCUGCAUCAACAUCAAUAACUGAUAAUAAUAAUAAUAAUAAUAACAAUAAUAAUAGUAUGGGACAUUUAAAUCCUGUCUGUUCUAUUGAUAAUAAUAACAAUGAUAGUAAUAAUGACAAUAAUAAUGAUAGCGGUGUUGAAAAUAAUGAUGUGACAUCAGAAAGUGUAUAUACUACUGCUACUGAUAAUAGCUGUAAUCCCAAUAAUAAUAAUAGUAAUAAUGGCAAUCAAAUCAUCAUAAUGAAUGAUAAUAACAGCGAUAAAAAUCAUACAGAUCAUGAGAAGUUUACAAAGUCGAAAUCACUCACUCCUAUUAAUAUGAAACUGUUUCCUGAAGGUCAGUCUAGUAUUGUCACUAGUACUAACACUACUACGGCUAGCACUACUAACAAUAAUAAUAAUAAUAACAGUAAUGGUAGUACAUCUGGACAUAGUCGACUCGAAGCAAAAUCAUCUGAAAUGUCUACUGUUGAUAUGCAUACUGGUAAUAGGAACAAUCGUAUACCAAUGGAUGAUAUAUGCUUAAGAAAAUUAUCUCAGGUUAGUUUAUAUUCAUAG